AUGACAGGUGGAGUACUUACUUACCUGAGGAUGAAUCGAUUGGUUUCCCGCGAGAUGAAAGAGAUUACGAGGACGGCACAGGGAUCCCUAUCCCAUCAGGUUUAUCGCAAACCUACUCACACUGAUAGGUACUUGAACUAUCGUUCAUUCCACCACCCAUCAGUGCUGAGAUCCAUCAACAAGACGUUAGUCAAACGAGCGCAUGAGGUUAGUCACCAGAUCCACCUGAAAGGGGAGCUUGAGCACAUCAAACGUGUUUUGAAAUGCAACAACUACCCCUCACAUAAGAUCUGCACUGAGCUUCCCCCCUCGCGGAACCAUCAUGUAGGACAACCCAAGGCGAGAGUCGUUCUUCCAUAUCUGGGAGCAGCCUCUCAAAAGAUUCAGAGGAUUUUGAGAGAAGCCGACAUUGAGGUUCGUCAUAGUUCCUCAAAUAAGCUUCAAUCUGCCCUCACUACCCAUAAGGACAAGCGCAACUCCAAGGACCUCCCUGGAGUUUACCGAAUUCCUUGUGAAUGCGGUAAAGUUUACAUCGGAGAGACGGGUCGUUCCUUUAACACUCGGAUUAAGGAACACAAGGCCCAUGGUAGGAGAGACGAGAGGGACAAAUCUGCAAUCAUCGAUCAUGCCCAUACGCAUGAUCACCGGAUCCUUUGGGAUGAGAGUAGAUUGGUCACCCGUGUCCCCUACUGGCAUCAGCGGAGAGUCAGGGAAGCGUUGGAGAUUGAGGAACAUAACACUGUUCCUCAAGACAGCGGCCUCCAACUCAGCAAUAUCUGGCUCACCGUUCUAGACAAAGAGGCUAGUUUGCCUAAUUAG